AUGACAAGUUCAGAGCAGCCAAAAAAAGAAAAUUGGUUCAAUUACAGUGACCUUAAGCCAAUCAAAGUAUUCGAAUACCCAGAUCAAGCAGCAAAAAUUAUAUUUGGCGUCAAUUCCAAAAAUAUAGAACAAAUAACUUCGCAAAUUAUGGAAUUAAUAACAACCCACAAAAUAUCUAUCAAAAUGGCGCUUUAUCUGAUUGAUAUUUCUUCACAAAUUCUUGUUAAAAAAACUAAAUUAUUUGCAGAACUUUAUCAAAAGAUAUCAAACGCAUUUUCAUACAUAUAUGAACCGAAAAGUAAGAGACUAGCGACUCUUCUACAUUAUCAAGGUUUCAAAUUUGAAAACUUCAAACCUGAAAUGAAAAUAGGAGAAAUUCUGGAUUUAUAUUCAACAGAAUCUCCUUUAUACUAUAUUGCAUGGGAUAAAGUUGAUGAUCUUAAGAGUAAAUUCCCAAAUCUUGAUAUUAACCAGGAGAUUAAUGAAAUCACACCACUUGACUGUGCAAUUAAAUAUGGCUCAGAAUUGUGUUUCAAUUACUUGAAAAAUUUAGGAGCUCAAUACACUAAAGACUCCGAAGAAUAUGCUGUUCAAGGUGGAAAUAAAAACAUUUUUAUGGAAAUGAUAGAAAAAGGUAAAUCAUUUAAUAACAUGAUUAAUAUAGCAUUGAAAUAUCGACACUAUGAAAUUGCUGACUACCUUAAAUCAAAUUUAGGUCAAACAUUUGAUUCAAUAGCAGAAAGCAUGCAUUUCGGAAAUUAUGAUGUUGCAUCUUAUUUACUUUCUAAUGGAGGAAAUAUCAACAAAAUUUAUCAUCUCUUUCUUUUCAUAUUUAUCAUUGUUUUAUGA